UCCGCUUCAGAGCGGAUUCAACCGCCAAGUAAGUUACAUUUUUUUUGCCAUGUCACGCCAAAGUAGUUUUUAGACCCGUUUAUUUUUUUUAAUAGAAACCCGUAUUUGCGAGACACGCGCAGCUGGUUGAAAAUCCUGAAAUGAGAGCCCGUCGUGUUUUUUUUUUUAGGGGAUAAGUGAUUUCUGUUGUUGCGGGAGAGCUAAUGUUGGUCAGUGAAGCCCGGAGCCUCAUGUUUUCCUCGAGCCAGGAGGAGCACUGCGCCCCGUCCAAAGACCCGGUGGAGUACGGCGAGCUGGUGGUGCUCGGGUACAACGGCUCCCUGCCCAAUGGAGACCGGGGCAGACGGAAAAGCCGAUUCGCCCUGUACAAGAGGACCAAAGCCAACGGCGUGAAGCCGAGCACGGUGCACAUCCUCAACACGCCCCAGGCCAGCAAGGCAGUGAACUGCAAAGGCCAACACAGCAUCUCCUACACACUGUCCAGGAACCACACGGUGGUGGUGGAGUACUGCCAUGACAAAGACACCGACAUGUUUCAGAUCGGGCGUUCCACCGAGAGCCCCAUCGACUUCGUGGUGACGGACACGGUGGCCGGAGGCCAGGAGGGCGGGGAGGAGACCCCCAUCACGCAGAGCACCAUCUCCCGCUUCGCCUGCCGGGUCGUCUGCGAGCGCAACCCGCCGUACACGGCGCGCAUCUACGCGGCGGGGUUUGACUCCUCCAAGAACAUCUUCCUCGGGGAGAAGGCGGCCAAGUGGAAGAACCCCGACGGCCACAUGGACGGCCUGACGACCAACGGCGUGCUGGUGAUGCACCCGAGGGGCGGCUUCACGGAGGAGUCGAAGCCCGGCGUCUGGAGAGAGAUCUCCGUCUGCGGCGACGUCUACACGCUGCGGGAGACCCGCUCGGCGCAGACCCCCGGCAAGCUGGUGGAGCACGAGAACAACGUGCUGCAGGACGGCUCCCUGGUGGACCUGUGCGGGGCCACGUUGCUGUGGCGCACCGCCGAGGGCCUCUUCCACACGCCCACCCAGAAGCACCUGGAGGCCCUGCGGCAGGAGAUCAACGCGGCGCGCCCGCAGUGCCCCGUGGGCCUCAACACGCUCGCCUUCCCCAGCAUGCAGCGGGGCCGCGCCCUCUCCUCGCUGGAGGACAAGCAGCCGUGGGUGUACCUGGCCUGCGGCCACGUCCACGGCCACCACAACUGGGGCCACCGCUCGGAGCAGGAGCCCAACGCCCAGCGCGAGUGUCCCAUGUGCCGGGUGGUCGGGCCCUACGUGCCGCUGUGGCUGGGCUGCGAGCCGGCCUUCUACGUGGACACGGGGGCCCCCACCCACGCCUUCGUGCCGUGCGGGCACGUGUGCUCGGAGAAGUCCGUCAGGUACUGGGCCGAGAUCCCCCUGCCGCACGGCACCCACGCCUUCCACGCCGCCUGCCCCUUCUGCGCCACGCAGCUGGGCCUCACCCAGGGCUGGUCCAAGCUCAUCUUCCAGGGCCCGGUGGACUGAGCCCCUUAAAGGGAGGGGGGGGGAGGCAGGAGAGGGGGAGGGGGCAGAGCAGAUAGGGCAAGAAUGGCAACACGCGGUGAAACUGUUAUGAUUUUGUGCUUUCUUUUUGUUCAUGUACGGCGCGCCGCGUGCGGCAGAGAGCCCCUUUUGAACAGGUUGUUUUUUGGCGGGGGGGGGGGGGAAUACGCACGGCAAGCACACCGGACCACAGAUGCCUUGAACCGCUUCCCAAAGGGCUCUUUCAAACCAACACCGACCUCUGGUUCCCCAUCCGAGGGGCCGGAGAAUUAAAGGUUGUUGAUGGAAUGAAUUGAGAACGAUUGAAACUUUUUUUUACAGAAGCCCGACAGCUGGACUGUCGGCCCGGGAGCAAGUGUUCUGUCUAAUGGCGUCUGAGCUUCCAUUUGCUGAACAAACUUUAAGGAGGGGGGGGGGGAAGAGAGACUUAAUGUACAGAGAUGUAAUCCAGUGCCUCAAAUCCCAGUAAGCGGUGGGAAUAUUUUUGAAUAAAUGAGAAUAGAUGGCAACGGGAGCGAUGGUGUUGCAUACGUGGAAAUGACGGCCAGCACGGACCCUUCAGCACAUUUCUAUCUGACAGAGGAGGUAUUUUACUACACUGAGGCCCUUGUGUGGUUUUGUAAUGCAAAUGUUAAUAUAUUUUCUGCUUAAAUAACGUGCGUGAGAAUGCUAGAAAGAGAGAGAGUGUAUGUGUGUGUGUGUGUCUAUGUGGGUCGGACAGAGUGGGGACCCGUCGGGCCUUUUAUUUAUUUUAUUUUUUUGAAAGGCCCUGCAUCAGCUCCCCCCUUUUUUCCAAUGAUGUCGCCCACCAUCCCAAACACUACCAUGGGAGAAGCGCGUCGGCCGUUCUACUUUAAUCACACGACUUCCUCUCUCAUCGGCCCGGCUGGUUGGCCGCUCUACCGCAUGCACCAGCAGCACCUGCUAGCCAGCGAGCCCCCCCCCCCCCCUACACACACACACACACACGUACUGUAUUCAAUCUGCACUGCUGUUAGCUUUAUCCCAUGCUGGGUCUGAUCCACUGAUUCGUACGGCUCUUAAACCUGGCCACGGUCACAGCGGCAUCGUGAGAUUAUACCAAAUAUAAGGAGCUGUUUUCUUCUUCUAUUUUUUUGUUCUCCACAUGCAAGAUGUAACGACCACUCCCCCCCCCCCCCCCCCCUCCCGAUCCAAAGUGUUUCUGUAAACAAACCUAAACCCAAACUGCUGCUAUGGUGGAAUGUUGACAGCUCUGGAUUACAGUGGAGGCUGUUCGGCUGCUGGAAACCAGCUCCAGGGGAAUAAUGAUAUUAUCGCACGGCACGCCAACCUCGGUAAGUUCCAUUGUGGGGAUGAGUCAAGUUGUCCGACAACAAUGUAGCAGCUCAUUUGAAACUAAAGAAUCUGGGACGGAUUGUGCGUUCUCCUGUGAUGUUAGCUUACCAAACGGUGCCCAUAUGCACAGUGUAGUUGGAUGCAUUAAAUUCUCCCCCUUUUUUUUUUCUUUUUUUUU